AUGCCGCCCAAGAGAAAGAUCGUCCAAAAGACCACCGCAGUGCGGAAGGUGCCUGCUAGAGAUGACGCCCAUGCGGACGAGUGUGCUGCGAAGGACCCCUUGCCCGGGCGCACAUCGAAAGAACACCCCAAGCCUGAGAGACAAUCCCGCCGACCUCAUCACGCAGACAGCUUCGAUGCGGCGCUGGAGCCAUUCUACUACAACAAAUCUCUGACGGAUCCUAUCGAUACUGCACGCGACAAAUGGAACCUGCUACCUGCGUUCCUGAAGGUCAAAGGGCUCGUCAAGCAACACGUGGACUCGUUCAAUCACUUCGUCGACGUCGAGUUAAAAAAGAUCAUUGACGCUGAGCCAAUCAUUACAAGUGAUAUUGAUCCAAACUUUUACGUCAAAUAUGAAAAUAUUUACAUUGGGAAACCCUGCAGACAGGAAGAGAUGUCGGAGGUCGAGCGAAAAGUAUUCAAGGGCUCGACUGUCACCCCGAAUGAAUGUCGCCUGCGAGAUCUUACAUACGCAGCCCCAAUUCUCGCUGAUAUCCGAUAUACAAAAAUGAAGGACCCAUUUCGCGCCAAGGGCAUUCCAAUAGGACGCUUGCCAGUGAUGUUGCGGAGUAACAAAUGCGUUCUUGCCAACAAGUCGGAAGCUGAGAUGUGCGCGAUGGAUGAAUGCCCCCUGGACCCUGGUGGCUAUUUCAUUGUCAAUGGCACUGAGAAGGUCAUUCUGGUCCAAGAGCAGCUGAGCAAGAACCGCAUUAUUGUCGAGGCGGAUUCCAAGAAAGACCUGAUUACUGCCUCGGUUACUAGCUCCACCCACGCGAGAAAGUCAAAGAGCUACAUUCUGCUCAAGAAAGACCUUUUAUACAUGAAGCACAAUAUCAUCAAGGAGGACAUACCCAUUUGCGUCUUGCUGAAAGCAAUGGGUGUUUCUUCGGAUAUGGACAUGAUGGCUAUCGUUGCUGGCCCCGACCGCACCCUGCAAGACGACUUUGCAAUCAAUUUUGAAGAGACAAUCAAGCUACAAAUCCACACGCAGCAACAGGCCCUCGACUACAUCGGAGCACGCAUCAAGAUGUCUAUAAAGUCGACCCCUUUCGGACAAAGUCGCAGAAAUCAUGUCCAGGAAGCCGUUGAACUAAUCAGUACUGUUUUCAUUGCUCAUGUUCCAAUAGAAGAUCUCAACUUCAGACCCAAGGCCCUCUAUGUAGCCCACAUGGCACGUCGGGCUCUGAUGGCAAAGCGGAAUCCAGCUUUGGUCGAUGACCGAGAUUACGUUGGCAACAAGCGGCUGGAGCUCGCCGGGCAGUUACUGGCUCUGCUUUUCGAGGAUUUAUUCAAAAAGUUCAAUUACGAGGUCAAGGGGAAGAUUGACAAAGAAUUGAGGAAACAGAAUAAGACCGCCUUGGUAAACCCUGUUGCUAUCAUGGUUGGUUCAUCAGGUCAAAUUACUCAAGGGAUGAACAGAGCUAUCGCCACGGGCAACUGGAGCUUGAAGCGAUUUCGAAUGGAAAGAGCCGGUGUCACCCACCUGCUCAGUCGAUUGAGUUUUAUCGCUUCCCUCGGCAUGAUGACCCGAAUAUCGAGUCAGUUUGAGAAGACGCGCAAAGUCAGUGGCCCUAGAGCGCUCCAGCCGUCGUCGUUUGGCAUGCUUUGUCCUGCAGAUACGCCUGAAGGAGAAGCUUGUGGGCUUGUCAAAAAUCUAGCUUUGAUGACGCACAUCACAACGGACGACGAAGAAGCACCGAUCAAGCGGCUAAUCUUUAUGCUAGGUGCUGAAGAUAUAGUCACUGUUGGCGGGUCAGAGCUCUAUGCUCCCGGGUCGUAUCUAGUACUGUUGAACGGCACUCCUGUAGCCACUACGCGACAGCCUUCCCACUUUCUAUCCUCGUUUCGACGACUGCGCAGAUCAGGACGAAUCUCCGAGUUUGUAUCAGUCUUCAUCAACCAUCACCACAACACAAUUCAAGUGGCAACCGACGAAGGUCGGAUAUGUCGGCCGUUGAUCAUCGUCGAGGAUAAGAAAUCGAAAGUCACCAAACGAUACUUGAAGUCUCUGAGACAGGGUUCGAUGGAUUUUGACGACUUUCUGGCACGCGGCCUCGUUGAAUACUUGGACGUCAAUGAAGAAAAUGAUAGCAAUAUCGCCAUGUAUGAAUCCGACAUCAGCGCAACGACCACUCAUUUGGAAAUUGAACCUUUCACGAUUCUUGGUGCAGUCGCUGGACUGAUUCCAUACCCUCAUCACAAUCAAUCACCCCGGAACACUUAUCAAUGCGCCAUGGGCAAACAAGCUAUCGGUUUCAUUGCGAACAACCAGUUCUUAAGGAUUGACACGCUGCUUUAUCUCAUGGUCUACCCUCAGAAACCCCUUGUGAAGACGAGGACCAUCGAAUUGGUCAAGUACGACAAGCUUCCUGCUGGCCAAAACGCAACAGUCGCUGUCAUGUCAUAUAGCGGUUACGAUAUCGAGGAUGCAUUAGUGCUCAACAAAGCAUCGGUGGACCGUGGCUUCGGUCGGUGCCAGGUCCUUCGCAAAUAUCCUGUCGCCAUCAAGACUUAUGCGAAUGACGCUCACGAUGCGGUCUACCCUCCCUCCAGGAAUAAUGACGGCACGAUAGCCAAGGGUCAUGCUCUCCUUGACGCAGACGGCGUCGCACGUGUCGGUGAGAAAGUUAGUAGUGGCGAGAUCUACAUCAACAAGUAUGUACCGAGAAACGCCAACUCUUCGGGCUUGUCAGAGAAUGGAUCUGAAAGCCCCCGCACCUUUGGGAUGGACCCACAACCACAGAAAUAUCGUCUCCCAGACCCCAGUUACAUUGACAAAGUGAUGGUGACUGAGCUGGAAUCUGGUAAUCAAAUCAUCAAGGUGCAGACGCGGCAGACGAGGGUCCCAGAAGUUGGCGACAAGUUUUCUUCCAGGCACGGGCAGAAAGGUGUUGUGGGAAUCAUUGCAGAGCAGGUCGACAUGCCAUUCUCAGAUCUAGGCAUCACGCCAGACAUCAUCAUGAACCCGCACGGCUUCCCCUCUCGAAUGACCGUGGGAAAAAUGCUGGAGCUCGUUUCUGGCAAAGCUGGUAUCCUGAAAGGCAAAUUCGAGUACGGCACUGCAUUUGGUGGUAGCAAGCUCGAAGACAUGUCCCGGGCUUUGAUUGAAGCAGGAUACAGUUAUGAUGGCAAGGACUAUCUCACUUCUGGCAUCACAGGUGAACCCCUACCUGCUUACGUCUUCAUUGGACCCAUCUACUAUCAGAAACUCAAACACAUGGUUCAAGACAAGAUGCAUAGUCGGUCUCGUGGUCCUCGAGCCAUUUUGACGCGUCAGCCCACCGAAGGGCGAUCCAGAGACGGAGGUCUGCGGUUGGGAGAAAUGGAACGUGACUGCCUGAUCGCAUACGGAGCGUCACAGUUGCUGCGCGAGCGACUGAUGCUAUCGAGCGAUCAGCACCAAGUAGACGUCUGUGAAUCUUGUGGCUUCAUGGCGUUUGCACGAUGGUGUCAGCGAUGCAGUAAAGCAGGCGAAUCGGGCUCGAACGUGGUCAGGAUGACGCUGCCGUACGCAUUUAAACUAUUGCUGAAUGAAUUGGGCAGUAUGAAUGUCAAUACGAGAUUGAUUGUGUCGGAUGAGUUCCCUUCCGAUGGUUCGAGGAGGGCUUGA